GCCAAACUCCGAAGCCAAAAUUCAAUUCUCGAGUUCGACGACACACCCCACGCCAGCCCAACAACUCGCAAUUGACUUUGCUGAAGCCGGGAAAGAACCGUAGAUUGCACCGAAAGACGACACUCCCAUCCAAACACCUCACACCACCGUCACAAUGGCCGCCGCACCCGAGAACGGCACCCCCAUCCACGUCGGCACGCGCAGGUCGGCGCUGGCGAUGAAGCAGACGGAGAUCGUCGUCGAGGGCCUCUCGAAAGCCCGCCCCGACGCCACGUUCGAGAUCCACAGCAUGCAGACCCUCGGCGACAAGGACCAGAUCACGGCGCUCUACAACUUUGGCGGCAAGGGCCUGUGGACCAACGAGCUCGAGGCGAAGCUCGUCGCCAAGGAGCUCGACAUCAUUGUCCACUCCCUCAAGGACAUGCCCACGACCCUGCCGGACGGCUGCACCCUCGGCUGCGUCACGAAGCGCGAGGAUCCGCGCGACGUCGUCGUCUUCAAGGCCGGGCUCGCCGAGCGGCACGGCUGGAAGACGCUGGGCGACCUCCCCGCGGGCAGCGUCAUCGGCACCAGCAGCAUCCGCCGCAUCGCGCAGCUGAAGCGCCGCUACCCGGGCCUGAAAUUCGCCGACGUCCGCGGCAACAUCGAGACGCGCCUGCGCAAGUGCGACGACCCCGAGGGCCCCUUCUCGGCCAUCAUCCUCGCCGCGGCGGGCCUGCUGCGCAUGGACUACGGCGCGCGCAUCUCGCAGUACCUCGACUCGGAGAACGGCGGCACGCUGCACGCCGUCGGACAGGGCGCGCUGGGGAUCGAGGCGAGGGCCGGCGACGAGAGGGUGCUGAGCGUGCUGCGGGAGCUCGAGGACGGGCCGACGAUGCUGGCGUGCGUGGCGGAGCGGAGCGUCAUGCGCACGCUCGAGGGCGGGUGCAGCGUGCCGAUCGGCGUCGAGACGAGCUGGGUCGAGGUCGAAGGGAGAAAGAAGCUGCGCCUCAAGGCGACGGUGGUGCACGUUGACGGCACGCAGGGCGUGGACGCGGAGAGGACCGAGGUGAUUGCGACGCGGGAGGAGGCGGAUGACUUUGGCAAGCUCGUGGCGCAGGACCUGGUGGACGGGGGCGCGCAGAAGAUCCUGGAUGAUAUCAACCAGGCGCGGCCGGGUGACCAGAUUGCGACGGCGGAGACUGCGGCGGCGGCGAAUGCUGCUGCGUAACGAACUUAUGACACAAUCGGACAAAAAGACACUAUUCGGAAG